UGAAUUGGUUUGAAAGAACGAUUCACUCGAUUCGGACACGUGCGGAUGAUUCUUCUUUGAUGUCGCGUUCUUUCAUUCACUCCGGUGGAGUCGUUUAAGUAAUAAAUGUGACAUUUUCAUUCAGUUUGCGUAAGUUUUUAGAGCGAUGUUUGUAUAUAAUGUUUAUAAUCAGCGUUUUUGUGAGAUACUAGAGCAGUUCUGUUGUUUGAUCGUGUUGUUGUCUGUUAAUGUUUGUGUGAUAUCAGCACAUCUGGGCCUCACAACGAGAUGAUGGAGUUUGAAACUGAGCAAGCCAGGAGCUUCUGGGAGGAGGUGGAUGUUGAUGGAGUGUUUGAUGAUCUGCUGAAGAGACUUCAUCACUUAAGAUAUGCGAUCACACACAACACUGCUACUGACAGAGAGUAUGUUCAGGCCAUGAAGAUCAUUCUGGAGUCUGAGCUCACCUCCCUCAGGAGCGAAGGCAUUCAGGAGGUGCUGAUUGAUGAAGAUAUACUGACGGUGACCGUAUCAGAGGCUCAGUGUUCUCCGGAGAGCCUGAGGAACGGUGUGGAGACGGACAACUUUCUGCAGAAGGACAGCACACGACUCUGCAGAGACGGGGAGUCGAGCUCCGAUCACAGCCAGACGUCUGCAGCGAGCUUCUGUUCUGAAGAGCCCAGGUCUCCUGUGCAUCUCGUCUACCAUCCACACGACUGCAGCGCUGCAUGCGUCCCGCAGCUGCCCGCUCACGCAGACCGCUUUCUGGGUCACAGCCCGCUGCGCGCGCCCAUGCUGUGCCAGUUCCAGCGCCACUGCGAUCCGCGCGACGAUUCUGACGCACAAGACACCGGUGUGCUUUAUAAAGCGCCGUGUGGACGGAGUCUGCGCUCCCUGGAGGAGUUCCUGCUGCAGACAGAGAGCCUCGGCGUGCUGCAGCCGGACAACUUCAGUUUCCACCCACAGAUUGUUCCAGAGAAUCGUGCGCGAGCUCCGGCCUCGGCUGCGCUGCUGUUAGAGCGCGACCUUAGCCGCGGGAUCGAGCCGGUUCCCGUUUCUCUGUUCAACGAGCUGGACGGGACGCGGCCCAAAGAGUUCCGCUACCGUAAAGAGCGCUGGCCACACGGCUGCUUCCUCAGCGCCGCGCCGCUCUUCUCAGUGUGCUGCGACUGCACCGACGGCUGCGCAGACGCACGGAGCUGCGCAUGUGUUCAGCAGACGCUCGGAGGCGCGGGAGAGCAGCAAGCGUACAGACACCAGCGGCUGAGCGCGCCCCUGAGCGCAGGGUUGUUCGAGUGUGGCCCGUGGUGCGGCUGUGCGAGGAGCCGCUGUCAGAACCGUGUGGUGCAGAAGGGUUUGCGCGUGCGGCUGCAGGUGUUUCGUACGCCGGACCGCGGCUGGGCCGUUCGCUGCAGAGAUGACCUCGACAAGGGAACCUUCGUCUGUAUUUACGCAGGCGUGGUUCUCCGGCAGCAGCAGAGCAUGGAGGAGCCGGCGGAGCGAGAGCCGCUGGUGUCUGAUGAUGAGGUGGAGGUGGUGGAGGAGUGGACGCUGCCCGCCGGACCGAUGGAGACAGUCACUGAGCCGCUGGACUGCUCUCCGCCGCUGUACGUGCCUGUGAUCCAGAGUCCACUCGCUCAGCUCAAGGAUCAGCAGCAGCUCGGCGUCUCGUCGCUGGACUGCAGUCAGAACGGGAGCGAAGCGUGUGAGGAGAUCGUGAGUAAGAAGCCCAGACUGAGCGAAUCAAACGGUCGAUCACAGCCGCAGCACAAACACACACCAGAGCAGAUGUAUUACCUGGACGCCUCGAAAGAGGGAAACGUGGCCCGAUUCUUCAACCACAGCUGUGAGCCGAACCUCUUCCUCCAGAACGUCUUCACUGACACACACGACCCACAGUUCCCGCUCGUCGCCUUCUUCACCAGCAGGUCUGUUAAAGCGGGAACUGAACUGAGCUGGAGCAUGUGACGCUUGUCUGAUUGAGACGGCGCUGAAGCUCCAGAGACGGUCCUCUGCUUCCUCAUUAAAAUUACAAUGUUAAAUGUUUGGGAACUUUUAUUCACAAUUUUGCCUGAUAAAUAAAAUAUUUCAAGCUCUUUA